ACACCUUUAGGGUCGCAAAGAAACAAGAAUCUCCGGACGUUCAUUACGAAUAGCUAGAGAUCUCUUCCUGGGCCCAGUCAAUCUUUUGUGCGUCACGUCAAGCCAUCAUCCCCUCACGCUCAUUUCGUCACUCCUUACAAUACCCCACACCAUCCCGAAAGCCAUUCCACAGCCCGACAUCAUGUUCAAACGUUCGCACCGCUCGCGCGAUCGCGUCGAAAAGGUUUCACGGCUAAAGAAGAACUUGAAGGAUGCAUCGAAGUCGUCGAAGUUGCAGAGGUCGUUCGAGGAGGAUAACCCUUUACUUGGGGCUGCCCCCCUCAUCUCUCCGGUCAUCACCUUGAUGGUUGGAAAGGAAGGACGACUGUUUGCGGCGCACGAGGACGUCCUCUGCCUAUCGCCGUUUUUCGCGGCGGUAUGUCGGGGGAAGUUCCUCGAUGCGCAGAGUAAGAGGAUUGAACUUCCCGACGAGGAACCUGAGAUCUUCUCAUGUAUUCUCGAGUAUCUUUACAAGGGCGACUACUACCCACGCGCGUUGCAAAACAAGCGUCGAAGCACCUGGGAGCUCGAGGAUGCAGUGAGCUCACCCAACCCCGAAAACGGAGGUGGUCGCGGAAACGCCGAGGCCACAACCUUUGUCUCCAGCGUGGGAGAGUAUCUCCUCCGAGAUACCGUCAUCUACUGCCUCGCGGACAAGUACGGCCUCGAGGAGCUCAAGCGCCUUGCCCUUCGCAAGCAGGGUCUGCAGAGCGGAAUCGAGGUCGGAACCAUCCUGCGUAGCGCCCGGUACGCCUAUGACAACACGCCGGACACGGACUCGCGUCUCCGCGCCCAUUACCUUGCCCUGAUUAUCCGAUGUCGCAAGACAUUUAAGAGGAGCGGCACCAUGCAGACAGAAAUGGAGAGUGGUGGAAAACUUUUCUUUGAUCUAUUCGUCGCACUCUGCAACCACGUGGAUGAUAUUGUGGAUAUCGGGAAUUCCCGGUCGCCCAAGACCAUCUAAGAAGCGCGGUAUGCAGAGUACGCAGCGGUAGAUGCACAGCUUUCGCGGUCGAAAUUGCAUCACGAGGACCGACACAACGAUAUUUUUUUUACUCUUCGCAUCUCCAUCAGACUGGGUACCAAUUCGGAGAUUUUUGCGUCUUCCCCAAGCACAAACAAACUCCACUUCCCCCGCGAGGUUUGGCCGCCUUAUCAUGAUGAAAAAAACGAAAAAACCAUCCCCGAAAAAAAAAAUAUCACCAUAAUCGUUGAUUUUCCCCUCAUUUCUUAAUACCCCCUUUGCUCUGUUGGACACGGAAAGGAUUUUUGCGUUUGCUUUACACCCGCCCUGGGCCGGAUUGCUACUGCGCUUGAGGCGUUGGCGGCGGACGGUUUGCGAGGGGGCGGGUUAACGAUCCACUACUACUUAGGCUGGC